AUGUCUGACGUCGCUAAAGAAGCAUGGAGGAAAUAUCUAAUUCAACUCCAAGUUAAGCCUCUUAGGACAAAGGCGUUAACUUCUGGGUUUCUAGCUGGGUUAGGUGAUGCACUUGCUCAAAAGAUUUCUGGUGUCAAGAAGCUUCAGCUAAAAAGAUUGCUUCUUUUCAGUCUUUUUGGCUUUGCAUAUGGAGGACCGUUUGGGCACUAUUUUUACAAAUUGAUGAGUGUUAUUUUCAAGGGAAAGAAUGACAGCAAAACUGUUGCUAAGAUGGUUUUGUUCGAACAACUGACCGCCUCUCCUUUGAACAACCUGCUUUUCAUGCUGUACUAUGGCUUGGUAAUUGAAGGGAGACCAUGGGUUUUCGUUAAGGACAAGCUUAAGAAAGACUUUAUUCCUGUCCAAUUGGCAGCAUGGAAGGUCGGGCCUGUGGUUGCUUGGGUGAACAACCAGUAUGUGCCUUUGCAACUCCGAGUUAUAUUCGGAUGCUUCGUUGGUUUAUGCUGGACAAUCUUUUUAAAUCUCAAAGCACGUUCAGCUGUGACUAAGGACUUAUAG